GGCAGGUCCAUUUAUAUCUCUUCUACUGAAAGGCCUGCAAAAACAUUCACAUUCUGACAGGAAACAGGCCCCCCUACCUUUUUGUUUUCCAGGAGGAAAUGUGAGGAGUCGAUGAAAGGAGUUCCUAACUAACAUGAAGUGCUGCUCUGGUACUGGCCACAGACUCCCCUGUAUCAGUGGCAGCCUCUUGGUCCCUCUUUGCAGAGCACAUGGAAAAUCAGUUCCUGGUUUGCAGCAGCUGCCCAGACAGCACCAUGGGCAUUGUCUGGAGGAGCCCUAGCCCUGGCUCCUGCCCCUGGCAGCACCCCCAGUUUUUCAGGGAUGCUCUCUGCAGUGCGGGUGCGGCCCUGGAGCAGAGGGCGGCUCGCUGAGGCCCUGCCACGGGGCCAUGGCUGUGCUGCUGGCAGCGGCACAAGCGCUGCUGCUGCUCCUGGGGCUGCCCGGGCACUCCCAGUGCCUCUGCUCGCCCACUGCCUUCUACAAGAACUGCUGGAUCCGGCGCUUCCCGGGGCUCCUGCUGGACCUGCGGGAAUCGCGGAGGAGGGGAGCGCAGCUGCUGCGGGGCUAUGCAGAAACCUCCCCCCAGCAGUGCAGCAGGAGCUGCUGCCUUCUGAGGAACGUCUCCUGCAAUCUAGCAGUGUUCUACCAUGGAGCCAUUCAUGAGAACAGGAACUGCCUGCAUGUGUCUUGCCCAGCUUUGGAAAGCUGCAUUCUAAAGGCUGGAGUUGAUGUCAUUUUGUACAACAUCACAACAGGGAUUGAUCCGGAUCUUCUCAUUUUUGAGAAACUGAAAUCCCAAGAGCCAAAUGCUUACUCCUCAGCAAGUAAAUCUGAGAGGCAGCACAGCACAAAGACCCCUGAGGGGGGAAGAUGCCAACAUCACAAUGCCAGCACAUCAGGUUCUCCUCUGCUCCGAGCUCCGCCUGCUGCCAUGAGCCGUGGCUUACCAGCAAACACUCCCAGCCCCAGCUGGAGUCUGACAGUGCAGAGAACUGGAGGUACUGCCUAUUCCAGGGCAGACACUUCCCCAGCACCCAUUGCUUUUGCUAAGAGGACAAGCAGCAGGUCAGUCAUCACCAGCUCAGACAGGGUUGCACACUCAGCUUUGAGCCCCAAGCCUGCCCUGGUGUUAUCCCACGUGCCCACCCCUCCCCGCCUGAACAGCAGCAAGCAGCACCUCAAUGAAACCAAAGGCUACAGCGGCAGGAAUUCCACAUCAGAUAAUGAGGUAGCUGCCUGGGAAGCUGCAGCUUUGGGGGUCUGGCUGAUUCCUGUUGUCCUUUGCUCCUCUCUCCUCUGCCUGUGCUGUUGCACUGUUGCCCUCACAGCCGGGUGCUCCAGCUGCAAGAGGGGUCACUAUAAACCCGUAAGGACAAGAACAACCAUGUCCAGAGAGCUCAUAAAACAUGCUCCUGUCAGGGGUAAUCUGUGAAACACCAUCCUGCCUCUGGAACACACAGGAUUUAAAAAGUGCACCCCAUACUCCAGCUUAUUUCUCUCACAGAAGCAGUGAUAACUUCGUUCAGAAUAUUUUGGUUAUGAUUUAAUUCUCAGCAGAUGAAGCACAACUCCCUGUCUCUUUAGGUAGGAAACACCCACUCACAGCUCCCAUUGUUUGAAGCAUUUUGGUUCAUAAUGUGAUGCAGAUUAAUGCCUGACAAACACUGUAACACUUUCCCCCAGGUUCAGUGCAGCUGCAGCGUUGGCAUGUCUGUGUGGCAGAGAAUUGUUUAACUGGAUGAGAAAUCCUGCUAUAGUUAUUUUUGUACUUGUCUAUUUGCUACUGAAUGAAUAAACAUCCCACAGAAUGCAGGAA